AUAAGCAAAAUUUUUAUUUUUAAAUAAAAAAUGAAAAUGAAGAGAUCGUUGUUUAUUGCAACAAUAAAUAUUUUUUUGUUGCAUGUAUCAACGUACUCAGGAGAGUCAGGAGAUUCUGAAUCAGAAGCAUCUGGUGACUUAGCUUCAGCAAAUGUAGACAGUUCAUGUAUUCUAAUAUCGCCGAGUUCAGAACAAAGUCCUUUUUCUGGUGAAUGUUCACUUGAAAAUGCACUUACUGGCUAUGUUGGACAGAUGGACCCUAAAACAAAUAAUUUUUUGAAAUCAAGUACAUUUAAGUGUUCAUCAUUAUCUCAAAAAGAUAAUGUAAAAAUAUUUGAGUGUGAAGCUAGCAGAUUUGAAAUAUUACCACGUGGACAGGGAACUAUAACAAUAAAAAAUGUCAAAUUAAAACUUGAGACAAAUAGUGUAAAUUAUAGAGACAUGAAGAUUCAAAUGGAAGGAGAUGAAAAUGCCAAGGUAACAAAAGAUGCCAAUAGUGAUGAUAUAAAAUUAGAUCUUUCUCCUAAUGAAGAAAUAGUUGUGGAAACAUAUUUAAAUCAACACUUUGGUGUUAGCUACCCUGAAUUAAAAAAAGUAACAAAGUUAAAUGAAUAUUUUCCUGACAGAUUAAAACAAGUUAAAUUGACUGCACUGUUUAAUCAAACAUUUGAUUAUGUUGAAGUUAUUUUUUGGAAUGAUGACAAGUCUUUCUUUAUCUUUCAAAAGUUUGAGAGUUCCAAUAAACCUUCUGUAGGAUUCUUUAAAGUUAUUGACUCAAAUUCUGUUGAAGUCUUAGAUAAAGUAUUGAAUGUUAAGCCUACCGAAACAUUUCUACCUAUUUUCAAGAUGUCAAAUAGCUGUUUUUCUUCGUGCACAUCAGACAUAACAAUGAUAAUGAGCAGCCAGCAUCGAGAUUUGAUCAAAGAUUGUAUAACAGAAGGGAGUAACACCAUGAUAUCAGAAGGGACAACAUUAAGAUGGAGAGUUGAAGAUCCAAAAAAAGUUAAAGUAUCUACAGAUCUAAAAAGCAAUGGCAUUGUUGAAGUAUUAAAAAACAACAUAGGAUUAUCAGCAUUGAUUUCUGAAGACAAUGGAGUUAUAAAAACUACCUCUUCUGAUAAUAUUACAAGUUCACUUUCAAAUAUCAUACAUACUUUCAUUCCAACAUACACUGAUGUAAUUUUAAAUGACCCAUUUAAAGAUGUGUUAACUAAGACAGUUACAUUUAAGACACUUAAUAUUGAUAACACAAAUGUUUAUCUUCAAUGUAUAAUUGACGAGGAUUGGUUUCUUGCUGAUAGCUUAGUUAACUUAAAAGGAUUGAACUUGACAAUUGAAGGAGAGAUUAACAAAGAUAAAUGGGCUAUUUCAGGAAAUGGAGAUGUAAUGAUUUUGGGAGAAAUGAUUGAAGCAAAAGUUGAAAAAGAUGAUAAAAAACUUGAAUAUUUACUUUAUGCUGAUUUUAAUGCAAGUAGCAUGAAAGAAUUGACAUUUGUUGCUAAAAAUGUAACUUUUCUACCUGAAGAAGAUGAUAGUAAGUUUGAUAGUUUGAAAAAUCUGCCUCUGUCAUCCCUUCAAUUGGGAAUAAAGCUCAAUUCUAAAUUUUUAAAGUUUUAUGGUCAAACUUUAUCUUAUGCAAGUUCUACUAAAAAAGAUGAUCAAACUUUCACACAAUUGGAAAUUGUUAUAUAUUUGAAUGGCCAAGACCCAAAAAUGAUUGUUGGAAUAUGUCAUGAUUUUGUAUUGUUUGAAAAAUUUACUGAUGAAGUAUUAAGUAUUAAAUUAGAGGGCGUUCCAUGGCUGGUUUUUGAAAAUUUGUGUUAUAUUAUGGGAAAAGCUGAAGAAAAAAAUUUGGAAAUAGUGAAGAGUUUUGAAAGUGAAGCUUUGACUAAAGUAAAGGAUGCCUUAGUUAUAAAACCAGGUAUUCAUUUCACUGGAAGUAUUUCAUACGAAGAAUCUGUCAAAAAUAUAGUAACAAAUGACCAAACAACUAAAGAUGAAAUUGCCAAUGAAAACCCCCCAAAAAAACAAGAUAUUCUCAAUUUUAUUAAAAACAACCCAGAGAUCUUUAAUGUCCUUAAGUAUGGCGAAGGUACUAUUUCUCAAACAAUGUUCAGCUUUGAAGCAAAACCUAGUCUUGUUAAUUCAUUUUUCACAUUAAAAGAUCACGACGAUUUAAUUAUUAAAAAUCCUUCUCUGCACAUUAAAGAAAUUGUAAAAGAAACUGUUACAGUUGAAAUAUCAAAAAAUGUUGAAGACAGCGUUGUAGUCAAGCACCGUCGCAAAAAACAUAGCAGUCAUCACAAAAAACCUGAAGUGCGUUCGGUUGAAGAUAGUACUACUAUAAAAGAAACUGAAAGAGUUGUUGGAAUGGUUCUUAAAGGCAGUUUUGAGAAUAUUAACGAAAAUCUUAAUUUUGUAUUUGACGGUGAGAUUUCAAGUUGUGAUACAGGUCUGCUAACACUUCAGUGUAAAAAUGCCAUUGUUAAAGUUCUUCGUAGCGAAGCUGAGUUUCAUGUAUCUGAUGGAAAAAGUGUUGCAAAUGAUAAUGUUUUUUCAAUUUUUGAUUUUGAGUCAAAAACAAAACUGGUAUUUCAAGACAGAGAAACAAUUUUGAAACGUGCUUGCUUGUCAUUCGAUAUAGGAGAACCCAGUCAAAUGUAUUUUUCAUCCAAGAUGAAUCUUAAGAACUUUAACGCAGUUUUAACAAAAUUUCAAUUAAAUGAAGAACUAAGAGGUAUUAAGAGCAAGUUUAUAUUUGCUGAUUCGACAUUCAAUGAGGGAUCUUUAUUAGUGUUGGCUGGAAAAAACACUAUAGUCGUUGAUGCUGGAAACCGCACUGCUCGAGACUCAGUGUUAACUUUAUUUGGAUCUGUUAAAAGAAAUCUAGUUGAUACAUUUGAUUAUAAAAUAGAAAUAAAAAAAUGUUUGAUAAGAUAUGAAGAAUGGCUUCCAAUGUUAAGUGAUACUAAGCAAAAUUUUAAAAUUUAUCAUAAAGGGGAUCGUUCUAUGGGGCCCAAAUUAAAGUUAGAUUGGAACUUUUGCAGAACAAAGACUUUUAAAUCUAGUUUCCAAGGAGAAAUUGAAACAAUUGGCAUUUCUGAAGAUUUCGAUUUUGAAGUUAAGAAUGAUGGUCGGUUCAGCCUUUUUCCAGAAUCAAAAUUUUUUAGUGAAGCAAAAGCUGAUAUUUCCAUUAAACAAGAAAUAAGUUUAGCUUCUUUAAAAGAUAUUAAUCCCAAACUUCAUGUUGAUUUAAUCAGAGAUCCUGAUGCUAAGAAUUUAAUUCAAAGCACAGUAGAAAAUCAUUUUAAAGGUUUAGCAAAAGAAUUCUCUAAUGCAUACAGUGGUGAUUUUUUUUCCAAUCAAAACAUAGCCGCUGAAGAUCUUUUGUUUAACUCAACAAAGAAUGUAAUAGAUGCUUUAGAACCAGUAAAUAAAAUGAUAUCAGAUCAAAUUUCAAAUAUAAAUUCCAUCUUAUCUAUUGCCAAUCAAGAUUGUGUACAAAAAUGCAUCCAAAGUGAAGUCAAAAUACCUGGAAUUAAUGCUCAGGACAUUUCAACCAAUGAGAUUACUUUUGAAUGGAAGCCAGAUUAUAAAAAUGCAGCAAAUGUUACUUGCAUUGCAGAGUGUGAAAUUGAAAAGAGUUUAUCAACAGAAGAUUAUUCAUAUAAAGUUAAUGAUGUCAAGAAAAUCUUGAAUGACUUUGAUAAAUUAAAUGAUGAGGCAAAAGAUAUUCACAAAUUGUACACAUCCUUUGAAUCACAAUCUAAACUUAAUGCUGAUGAUUUCAAUCAAAAAAAAGAAAAAUACAAAGAUCUGUUUGCAAUGUUGAAUGGAGUUAAUGAAAUGUCUGCCAAAAACGAAAUUUUUUUUGAUAUAAAAAAAUUUGAAUUAAAUGCAUAUGUUGUAGAUAUAAAAAUGCAAGGUGACAACUGUGUUGAAGGCUUUCAAGUAACUUAUAGGAUGUUUCAAUUUGACGAUAGAAACCUUGAACUUUGUCAGUGUUUUAAUGGGGAAUAUGCAACUUACUUUGCAAACAAGAUUGCAAAGGAUUAUUUGGGAACUCAAUUCCCUAAUAUUGAAGAAUUUUAUCAAUUUGAAAGCAUAUAUGUAGCGAAACAAGAAGAAAAUUUGAAUUCGUUAGAAACAUCUUUAAAAAAUCUCUUAAAGAAAUAUGAAAAUGUUCCAGUACAAGAAGAUGUACAAUCCAAUAGUCAAACAAAAGAUAUGUUGCCUUCUUUCAAUAACUCAGUCAUUGAUUUACAACUUUUGACAUUCCACACACAGAAGCUUCAACUGCCACAGCUAACCGCCAGUAGUCGCGCCCUAUUAGAUGAGAAUCAUUACACUGUAACUCGCAGUCUUAAAACAAAAAAUGCAUUUUUGUAUAGUUCACCUUGGGCAGCUUUAAGUGCCUUUGAUCCUGAAAGUUCCUUGAAGAAAGCUAAAUUAGUUGUGAGAGCACUACCCUCAAACAAAUCUCAUUGUUCUGCUGUUACUGAUGCUGGCAAUCAAUAUGUUGAAUUAUACAACAGCAUUCGAUCAAUUUCAGACUCAUAUAGUCAAACCAUGAAUCAAUUAAAUUUAAUACAUCAAUCAAUGGAAAAAGAAACUAGUUCAUUAAAAGCAAGUAAAGUUGGAACUUCAAGUAAAACAAACACAGAUGCUCAAUAUUGGGUCAGACAAUUAGAGCGAGGUACUCAGUAUUUCUCUGAUUUGAUUAAAAAGAAACUAUCCAAAUACAGUGCUACAGCAUUAAACGAAUUUAAAUCAAAAUUUGAAAGUGCAUUAAAGCGAAAUGGUGUUCAAAACAUUGCUAGGUUUGUGAGGCAGUUAAAAGGAAAGCUCCAAAAGGCUUUAACAACCAAAAAAACAAAAGGCAUAACUGCAGCAUCAAAACUGUCUGAAGCAAUUGUAGCUUUGUUUAGCAAGCCAAACCUAAAAUUAGAUGAAGUUUCAAACCGUAUUAAAGACAUGGAAAAAUAUAUAUCGAACAUUAAUGGAAUGGUUCGCACUUGCAAAAUUUAAUGAUUUUUUUCAUUGCGUUAAUCCCUUCAUCAAUGAAGCGUAAUAAAUAAACAAGAAAAACUUGUAUUCUUUUUAAAAAUACAAAGAAUGAUUUUAUAAAAUAA